AUGAGUGCCGUCGCCAACAGCGAUCCAGCCAUUCCCAACAUGGCACUUGGGCGAAGUCAAACGAUAUGCCGAUUUUAUCUGCGCGGCAUUUGCCGUUUUGGCGAGCUGUGCCGUUUCUCUCAUGAUUUAAGUCGCGGCCGUCCCGAGUGUGCGGAGCAAACGCAUAUAACUACAGAUAAUGCUGAGAGCAUUAAGCCAAGCACCAGCCAACGUAAUUGGGCAAAUGCCCCGAUAUUUGUGCCUAGCCAGAAGCGCGUGCUGGAACAGAACGAGGAUGGGGAGGCAGCUUCUGGCAGCGUAUCUCUACAAAACGGAAUCUCCUGGGCCGAAGUAGUUGGUGGCCCGACAGUCGACGUGAGCUGUUGCGAACCCGCAUCAUUGGACGAGGUUUGUCCCUAUGAAUGUCCGUGUCCUUAUGGCGAGUAUUGCCCCUAUCGUAUACACAUGGAGCUAUGCGAAAUGUGUGACCAGUAUUGCCUGCAUCCCACGGAUCAAGCUCAACGUAAAAAUCACAACCGGGAGUGCUUGCAACAGCACGAACAGGCCAUGGAACUUUCCUUUGCGAUCGCUCGCUCUAAGGAUAAGGCCUGCGGCAUAUGCUUCGACACAAUCAUGGAGAAGGCUGGCCGGGAGAAAAGAUUUGGCAUCCUGCCUAACUGCAACCAUAUCUUUUGUUUGGAAUGCAUUCGUAAAUGGCGCCAGGCCAAACAGUUUGAGCAUAAAAUAACGCGUGCUUGCCCCGAAUGUCGCGUAUGUUCAGACUUUGUCUGCCCCAGUGCGUUUUGGGUGGAGACAAAGGAGGAAAAGGAUAAGCUUCUCAAUGAUUAUCGCGCUGCCUUGGGAGCCAAAGAUUGUAAAUACUUUCAGAAAGGCGAGGGAAAGUGUCCCUUUGGAAACAAGUGCUUUUAUAAACAUGCCCUGCCCAAUGGGGAUAUCGUUGAUGUGGGCUUACCAAAGCGUACUCGAAAGUUACAAGGCCAACAUGAAAUAAUCGAUUUACUCGAUAUUUAUCUGUGGGACUACGUUGAUAGACGUGAUUAUCAUUGGCUGGAGAUAUUUUCAAGUGAUAUAAGUGAAUCUUCAGAUGUCUCCGAUGAUGAGUAAGCAUCUAACGAAGAAGAAGAAAAAACACAAAACAAAAAGUGCAGCAAUUGUAGACCCGCAACGAAACAAAAUGUUCGAUAUACAGUCCCAGAUAUAACCUAAUCAAUAUUCUAGCGAUAUAUACAUAUAAAUGAUACAGAACCAAAUAUCGAAGGCAAAAUUUAAACCAACACACAUACAUGUAUUUGGGUACCAAAAUUUAGGUUUAUAUAAAAUAUUUAUUCUCCACUUAACGCAACGAAAUUUUCAGCAACUUUUCCGUACUUGUAUUAAAUUAAAUUAUAUUUAAUACCAUCCAAUAAGUGG